GGCCGAAUCCCCUAGGAGCGACAUAACCUCGAAUUGUUUAACAAAUUAAACUCAAAGUUCGUUUUUUUGCUUUGUCAUGCUGUGAGGGUUUGUGGCACGAUGCCAGAAAGCCAGAUUGAGUUUGCGGUGCAGAUGACAUGCGAGUCCUGCGUGGAGGCGGUGAAGAAGGCUUUAGGGGGUGAGCCCGGGAUUAAGGAUGUUUUUGUGGAUUUGGAGAAAGGGUCGGUGGUGGUGAACACGACGUUGCCGACGUUGGAAGUGCAGGAGAAGCUUGAAUCCACAGGGAGAAAAGUGGUAGUUAGGGGAUACGCCGGAAGUUCAGCGGGUGUUGCCAUUUUAGACACCGGUAUUUCCAAUAUACAGGGAGUCGUCAGAUUUAUACAAGUGUCGCCCUCUUCGUGCAUUAUUGACGGAACCAUCGAUGGGUUGCAGCCCGGGGAAGAACUAAAACUGGCGGUGCAUGAGUGUGGGGACCUUUCACAAGGCUGUGCGAGCGUCGGAGACGUCUACGACCCUUCUCAAGGCGGCGAUUUAGGCCCUAUCCAGGUCUCCAACACCGGCCGUUCCCUGUUCAAGAAAGAAAACUCCCGUUUGCAGCUUUCCAACAUAAUCGGACGAGCUUUGGUGGUCAGUUCAAACGACAGAAGGAUAAUUUGUGGAAUCAUCGCCAGAUCGGCCGGACUUUUCGAAAACCCCAAGACAAUAUGUGCCUGCGAUGGGGUCACGAUAUGGAACGAAAAAGUUUCCCCCAAAUCCGUUCUGUAAUUAAAAAAACUAAUUGUUAAUAAAUUUUUCACCUGUUCA